AUGAAUGGCCAUGUUGCCUCACCGAACAUGCUGAAUGGCCACGCGGUACUGCAGUCAGACACCAUUCACAUUGAGGUCAAGCUCUACCCCGACUCUACGGCGCGAUACGACACGAUCCGUCGAGCCUUGCGCGCAUAUUUGGAGCACAAUAUUGAGGCGCUUGAAUGUGACAGCGAUCUUGAAGGCUGGGAGUCAGCGCAGAUCCUCUCUGCCAACGUUGAGAGAAUCAUUGUGGCAGAGAGUGCGAGCGGGAGAAAGUAUCUUCCAGUACAAGGGACAAGCGCAGAGAUUCACGUGUACCAGACAGGCAUAUUUGACGCUGUGGAGGAAUUCGCAGCUGGCGAUGGGGACGAGGAUGAAGGGGAACCAGUCAUGGCAGCAACAGUGGCCGAACUUCCAAGCAAAGACUUGGACGGGCUAUGGAAGAGCUUGAUAUAUGCGGAUGAUGUCAAGCUCCGACUCCUCAAUUACAUCUACACCACAGUCCUCUUUUCUGACGCGAAUGUCGACUUCAAUGUGGUUUCCUGGAAUCGAGUAUGCCUCUUACAUGGGCCGCCAGGAACGGGAAAGACGAGUCUCUGCCGAGCAUUGGCCCAGAAACUUUCCAUCCGUCUGUCAGAGAGAUACUGUCAAGGGCGUCUUGUGGAAAUCAACUCCCACUCUCUGUUCUCCAAGUGGUUUUCAGAAUCGGGAAAGCUGGUGCAACGCCUGUUCUCCAUGGUGACGGAUCUCGUUGAGGACGAGCAGAGCUUUGUCGUCAUCCUCAUCGACGAAGUGGAGAGUCUGACGGCAGCAAGGACCUCUUCCAUGUCGGGUACGGAGCCAUCAGAUGCGCUAAGAGUCGUAAAUGCGCUGUUGACGCAGCUCGACAAGCUGAAGGCCCGCAAAAACGUGCUUGUCAUGACUACUUCCAACAUCUCUGAGGCUAUCGACUCUGCAUUCGUCGACCGGGCGGAUAUAAAGCAAUACAUCGGCCUACCGCCGCCGCAGGCUAUUUACUGGAUUUUGCGAAGUUGUCUGGACGAGCUCAUGCGAGUGGGUCUAGCUGAGCGCAUUCCUCUCCUCGACUGGUCGCGGGCGUGCAUGGCAAAGCAGAACCUGGAGACGGCAGGUUCAGUGCUAGAAUCGAGCCGCAAAGCUAGUAUCAAGAUGUGGGAGUUAGCGGAAGCAUGCGAGGGUCUCUCUGGAAGAACGCUUCGCAAAUUGCCAGUUCUCGCUCACGCUCGUCACAUCGGCAUGAGCACCAUCCCCAUUGCGUGCGAAGAAUGGGUGGAUGCCAUGAGGAAAGCUGCCGUUGACGCCCGACAGGAUCUGGCGCAGGCCAAACUAGGCACCGGCAGCGGAGGUGGCACUUCGGUGAACAUGAGCACCUGAUCGAGCGACUGGAAAAAAAGGCACGGAUUCAAAUGAAGAAGCGUUCCCCUUGCCGGAACUUGCAAUGCAGUACAUAAGAUGAUGUAUCAUGGCUCGUCAGUCAGCUCUCCUGCAUAUCUCAGAAAUAGCAUGCCUUUAAUC